AUGGCGGCAUUCCCUCUCGUACGAGUAUUGGCCUCCUCUUCCCAUCGCCUGCCCGGUAUGGCUGCAGCCGCCCUCCUAGCUGAGGCGUUGCCGAGGGGGAGUCGUGUGGAGAUGUAUGAGGUGCCCAGUCGAAGGGGACCUGUUGGCCAUGGAUGUGAAUUCCGAGCCAGCAAACUCCAUGGCAGGAAGGAGUGCUUGACUCUGCUAAAGUUACUCGAUGUACCAGAUUGUGAUAUCAUUCCUGGUCAUAUAGAGAACUCCAGUCGUUGGUUGAUCGGCAAGGACCUCUCCUCCUCUCCCUCCUCCCUUACCCAAAUACCCAAGUUCAUCGACUCCAUCCGUUAUGCCCCCGAGUGUGUAUUGGAGCCCCUUUGGGCACGAGGCCCGAUGGCCAAUCAGGACGAGUCGAUAAAGUCCUUCAUUGCCCGCCGUUUUUCGAGAUCAGCCUCUCGACGAUUUGCUGAUGUCUUCGCAGCCUCCCAGUGUGGGGCCUCGGGCGAUACCGUCAGCUUACGGAGUUGCGUCCCUCAUGCCUACACGACUGAGGCCUGGCGGAGAUCUGUUCUGUGGGGGCCGUUCUUGGACAUGUUGCGACCUAGCUCGGCAGCUCCUACUGGUGACUGCCAACUCGACUUGCCUGUGGACGUCGGGGAGUUUCUGCAGAGGUCCAUCGCCACGGGUGGCCGAGUAUGGACGGUAGCAGGCGGCACUAAGAGGCUGGAAAAGGAUCUGGCGCGGUUCAUCGAGGGUAACCCUAGUGUGACCAAGCCCGAAGCGAGACCACUUAGCCCAUCCGACUUUGCGGCCCUUCUUGGUCCCGAGGCCCAAGCUAUAGUAGCAGUGAUGUCCCCGAAGGAGUUGUUCUCGUUGGUUGCCGGGCAAGGGCAGCUGUCUGAACUCAGCGCUGGUGCUGUUGAGGCCCUCAGUGCGGAAACGGAGGUAAUGAUGAUCAUUGCGGGUGAGUAA